ACCCGCUCAGGACCGGACGGUGCAGUGGAACCGGGACAGAGAGACACACAGCUGGAGGAGAACUGCACGGAGCCGCUGCGCCUCACACACACACACACACACACACACACCAUAGCCCCGAUGGUCGGAGCAGGGCAGCAGUGUGUUGAAUGUGUGUGUGUUUGAGCUCAGAGUCACAGCGACAUGGACUGUUUCUACAUCCUGAUCUGCGCGAUCACACUCGGACUGCUGGAGAACUCCAGGGCGAGUCUGUCGGAGAAGCUAAGUGAAUUUGGCCUCAUCGUGCCCUUCAGCACAGACUCUCGUGGGCGCUACGUCUCUCACGUGCUCUCCUCCGGCUCGGCGUCCGCGUUCCCCUCGGACCGGCGGCGGGUGUCUCGCAGCGCUCCUGCGGCGUCCUCCAGGUACCUGUUCUUUAACGUCACCGUGUUCGGGAGGGAGCUGCAUUUGCGACUCAGGGCUAAUCGGAGACUGGUGGCUCCUGGUGCUUACGCGGAAUGGCACGAGGACUUUGAGGAGAAGGAGAAAGAGCGGAUCAACAAGGACUGCCUGUUCACCGGAGACGUCAGCGACAUGCCGCGAGCUUCAUCAGUGGCCAUCAGUAACUGUGACGGACUCGCUGGACUGAUUCGCACAGAUAAAGGCGAGUUCUUUAUUGAGCCACUACAGAAGGGUCAGCAGGGGUCAGAGGUCCAAGGUCGAGUUCAUGUGGUGUAUCCGAGGUCAGCAGUCAAACGACCAAAUCAGGAGGAUCUGCCUAAUGAAGUACCCGAUUUUGGGAUAGCUGAGCUCCCGAACGCUCUGGAGGUAGUGGAGCAGAAGCUCUCUGAAUCAGAGCGUAAACGCAGACAUGCUAAGAAGGACUACAGCAUUGAGGUUCUCCUGGCUGUAGAUGACUCUGUGGUGCGCUUUCACGGCAAAGAGCAUGUCCAGAACUAUGUCCUCACACUCAUGAACAUAGUAGAUGAGAUAUACCACGAUGAAUCUCUGGGUACGAGCAUCAACGUCGUUAUCGUCCGUAUGAUCAUGGUGGGCUACCGUCAGUCUGUGAGCCUGAUCGAGCGAGGGAACCCGUCUCGCAGUCUCGAGCAGGUGUGUCGCUGGGCCAACACGCAGCAGAGGCUGGACCCGAAGCACUCGGAGCACCACGACCACGCCGUCUUCCUCUCCAGGCAAGACUUUGGUCCUGCAGGUAUGCAAGGUUACGCCCCCGUGACAGGCAUGUGCCAUCCACUGAGGAGCUGCACGCUCAAUCACGAGGACGGGUUCUCAUCAGCGUUCGUGGUGGCGCAUGAGACCGGCCAUGUCUUGGGUAUGGAACAUGAUGGUCAGGGGAACCGGUGUGGAGAUGAAACCAGUAUGGGCAGCAUCAUGGCUCCUCUGGUUCAGGCGGCGUUUCACAGAUACCACUGGUCUCGCUGCAGCAAACAGGAACUCAACCGCUACUUACAUUCAUAUGAUUGUCUCCUAGACGAUCCGUUCGAACACAAGUGGCCCAAACUGCCCGAGCUGCCGGGGAUUAAUUACUCCAUGGAUGAACAGUGUCGCUUCGACUUCGGCGUGGGCUACACCAUGUGCACAGCUUUCAGGACGUAUGAUCCGUGUAAGCAGUUGUGGUGCAGUCAUCCUGAUAAUCAGUAUUUCUGUAAGACAAAGAAAGGACCUCCGGUGGACGGGACGGAGUGCGCGCCUGGCAAGUGGUGUUUUAAAGGUCACUGUAUCUGGAGAUCAUCUGAUCAGGUGUAUGGUCAUGAUGGAGGAUGGAGCUCAUGGGGAAGGUUUAGUUCCUGCUCCAGAACAUGUGGGGGAGGGGUUCGGUCCCGCAGCCGCCAGUGUAACAACCCACCUCCAGCGUAUGGGGGACGUGAGUGUCCAGGCAGUGAGUUUAACUAUCAGACCUGUAACACAGACGACUGUCCCAGUCCCUACGAGGACUUCAGAGCGCAGCAGUGUGUACAGCGCAGCAACAAAUACCACAACAACAUCAAACACACCUGGCUGCCCUACGAACAUCCAGAGGAGGACCGUAAGUGUGAGCUGAGUUGUCGCUCUAAAGAGACAGGAGAGGUGGUGUUUAUGAAUCAGGUGAUGCAUGAUGGGACGCGAUGCAGUUACACCGAUCCGUUCAGUGUGUGUGCCCGAGGAGAGUGUCUGCACGUGGGAUGUGAUAAGGAAGUCGGCUCCUAUAAACAGGAGGAUAAGUGCGGUGUGUGUGAAGGAGACAACUCUCACUGUCGCACGGUCAAGCUGACGCUCACCAAAACGCCCAAACUCAAAGGCCUCCUGAAGGUGUUUGAUAUCCCUGCAGGAGCGAGACACAUCGUCAUUGAGGAGAACACUCCGUCUCCACACCUCAUGGCGGUUAAAAGUCAGGUGACCGGGAGUUUCAUCCUCAACGCAAAGGGAGAUGAGGUGAAAUCGAAGACGUUCAUCGAGAGCGGUCUGGAGUGGGAGUACACACUCGAGGGGGACAAAGAGACGCUAAAAACCGCCGGGCCGCUGCAUGAAGGCCUCCUGGUGCUGGUGGUUCCUAAAGAAGAAGACAGAAAGAUCAGUUUGAGUUACAAAUACAUCAUCCAUGAGGAUCUGGUUCCCGUCAUCACCAACAACAACGUGCUGCUGUCUGAACUCGACAGUUACGACUGGGCGCUGAAGAGCUGGACACAGUGCACCAAGCCCUGCGGAGGAGGUGUACAGUAUGCUAAGUACGGUUGUAGGAGAAAGAAUGAUGGGCAUCUGGUGUCACGAACUCUCUGUGACAUCAACAAGAGGCCCAAACCGAUCCGCAAACGCUGUAAUGUCAACGAGUGCAACCCACCCACGUGGAUAACAGAGGACUGGGGUGCGUGCAGUAAGACGUGUGGUGAGCUGGGUAUUCAGUCACGUGUGGUUCAGUGUGUUCAGCAUCAACACAACAGCACACACAGACUCCUGCACACCAAAUACUGCACCUCAGACAAACCCCCUGCACACCGAGUGUGUAACACCACCAUACCCUGCCCUGCCCAGUGGAGGACAGGAGCCUGGUCUCAGUGCUCUGUGACGUGUGGUGUCGGAAUCAAGCAGCGUCAGGUUGUGUGCAGAUCUUCAGAAAACACCUCAGCUCAGUGUGAUGAAGCAAAACCUGAGAGUGUGUCCAUCUGCAAGCUCUCACCAUGUCCAGGAGAGUCAUCGCUGUCCCACCCUACUGCGGACUCCUCAGGUAACGACACUGCUGAUGGGGACGUCAAUAAGAUCUUGAAUGAACCUUGCGUUCAUGAUGAAUCAAUAUUCUGUCAGAUGGAGGUCUUGGCUCGGUACUGUUCUGACCCUGGGUAUAAUAAGCUGUGCUGUGAGUCCUGUAAUAAGAACAUGGGAAUGUCUACAGCAGCACCUGGUUCAUACACGUCCUCCUCAGUGGAGCCUAACUCCUCCUCUAACCCCCUCUCCUCCAGCGCUUACCCCUCCAUCCUGCCGACCACGCCUCCUCGGACGACUGAUAAAGCUAAUGCUAAAGAUAGCCAAACACACUCCACUGUGCCAGGUCUGGUCACAGCUACAGCUACAGGUUCAACCCCUCACCCCGAUGGAGUUUCUUCAGAGUCUUCUCCACCUUCUGGUUCACCUCUACCUCCAGAGCUGACUGCUAGUACCAGCAAUAUUAUUAGCACUGGCACCAGCAUUAGCACCAGCAUUAGCACAAGCACAAGCAUUAGCACCAGCAUUAGCACCAGCAUUAGCACCAGCAUUAGCACAAGCAUUAGCACAAGCAUUAGCAUCACUGCCACCCAUCGGCCUUCUCAGGACACGCAGAAUACAGAACCUCAGGGCAGCACUUUAACCCCAUCAACUUUAGUCCCGAAAGGACCGGAGGAAGAGGUGGACACCCAGAACAGGAACGUAACAGUGGUCACAUGAUCAGGAAGUGAGACGCUGUGUCCCUGUGGUGCUGAGCGCGUUGUGCCACUGAAACAAUCUCUUAUUGUUUUUGUUUUUUUUUGUUCGUAAACCCUCUGUGCCAGUAAUGGGUUACCUCAGACCUGCAGGGUGAAACUACACAGGUGUAAAACCACAUUUCCCACAAUCCUUUGCUGCAUGGAAGUACACACUAAAAGGUGCUGUGAUUUUUGUAACUACUUUGAAUAACGUGGUGAAUUUCAGCGACCCUACCGCUCGAGUGUUUGUUCAGAACUACUUGAUUAAUCCAGGAUCAUCAUUAGCACAUGCAGCUAGAGUCAGGUCUAAAAGUCUGCCCUGGAGCAUGGGCCAUGAUCUUAACCCCUGCUGUAUGUGAGUGUUUAGAAGUGGGGCUGUUGGUCAUCUGAUUUAGGACAGAUUUAUUUUAUUGUUUGUUUUUAAAUGUUGUAUUAUUUAACUGGUGCAUCAGCUCAUAAAUGUUUGAACAAGAUUAAUCAAGUAUCAGCUGUGUUUAUUUAAAUCAUUAAUAAUCUCUGUGAUAUACUCAGACUUUUGGACCUGACUGUUCAUACUUCAGUUAUGUUUAGUGCAUACGAGAGCCGUUCAAGUCAAACUGGGACUUGUGAUUACAUUUCUGCUGGUGGCGUAGAAGCGAUUGCCUCACCCCCUGUGUACAGUCCGGACUUCGCUCCAAGACAUUUUAAGACAUUUUUGGGCUGGUAAAGGAGUUCCUGGGAGGCCAGUGUUUCUUAUAGAGUUACAUAUAUAGUUUUAUAUAAAGAAAUAAACUCUGAGGACUGUUCUGUUCUGUUAUUGUGGACAGUUAAAGGUCCUGCUUUGACUCGAACGCUCCUCAUAUUUAGUACUCAAACAGGUGUACAGGUAAGGUGGGUUUAAGCUGCAGCACAUUCUUUCAUUUUGUUUCCUAAAUCUUAGCUGGAGUUUGGGAUUUUCCUUUUUUUUUUUUAUUAAAACUGUAUAUAGUGUAAAUGUCAGUAUUAUUAGGAAGGCAUGUAGCUAUUAAUAACCAUAACACGUACAGUAGAUCCUGCAAUAACUAGGAGGACCUGGUGGCUGUGGUGUUAAAGUUUAACCCUUGUUUAUUAUUGUAUAGUUAUUGUAUAUACAUGAAUGAGAGCUUUAAAUGUUAAUAUUUAUUAUGUUUUUAAAAAUCGUAGGAAGAUGAAAUACAUGUAAAUACAGUACACAUUA